CACACACACACAGUCUCCAACUCACGUUUCCACCAGCGAGGAGUGACAAAAAGACACAGUGACAAAGGAUUUACUGGCAUUAAUGCUGUGAUCGGAAUGGAAACCGAUCCACUGGCAUUCACAAGGACUUUGAUCCGGAUGCUGGUGUGAUCGCGCGCGCCGACGACAAGCACAUGAAUUUGAUGUCUCAGCUGGACACCAUUCCAACAGAGGCCUUCCAGAAAUCCUUCCAACAAUGGUAGAACUGCUAGGAGAAAUGUGGGCAGUUCAGAAGAGACUAUUUUGAAGGGGAUUGGGAUUUCAGACUCCCAGGGAGGCGCCAGUAGGGGAGGUGGACUGUGCUCAGCAACCCAUCAUGAUCAUCGUCCUUCAGCUAUUCCUCCCCAGUAAAACCUCCUCCUCCAUGUCACAUCCCUGCGUCUGAGCUGGGGCACCUGGGAGUCGCAGGCCAACGACACCAUGGCGCAGAUAGACUACAAAUACAGGAUACUGGGCUCGCCAUUGGAUGAUUACCGCAAGAGACCGCUGCUACUGCAGGUGGAUGAUGCGCUGCUGAACCUGUUUGCGGUUCUGGAAGUGAAACGGGAGCUGCCGAGGCGCUGGGGCACACUGGGGUGCUUCCGUAAGGUCAGGCUCUGCAGCUUCCUGUUCGGCCUGGUCAUCACAUUCCUCAUCAUGGCGUCGUAUGUUCUGACAGGAGACAAGAAGGGCCUUCUCCUCACGCCAUCUCCGUAUCACUUCAGCGGGCUGGUCAGUCAGGGACCAUUUGCAUUCAACUUCUCGUCAGUCAAGGAUUUCACUCAUAUCAAAAUAGUCGUCAAGGCGAUCACGUCCAAAGUGGACUUUGGCAGGAGUAGACAGCUUCCGUCUUUCAAAGCUUUGGUUUACAGUGAGCCGCAUAUGUUUUCUGUUAUCCCACGCACAUUCUUGCCUGGUGUCAAGAACCCCUGCUGGUAUGAGGAAUACACUGGGAAUAUCACUCUGGACCCUUACAGGACAAAUUUAUAUGCACACUACUCCAGGCGCUUCCGGAUUGUGUUUAAGAACCUGAGGAAUACCUUCAGAGAACACUUGUUUUACCGUGACAGUAAACCGUACCGGAUCCGGUGUCUUCCUUAUUUCUAUAUCAUUGGACAGCCAAAGUGUGGCACAACAGACCUGUACAACACACUGAGACUUCACCACGAUGUCAAGUUCACUACUUCCAAGGAGCCACAUUGGUGGACACGCAAGAGGUUUGGUAUCAUCCGGCUGAGUGAUGGCUUCCAUGACCGGUACCCAGUGGAAGACUACCUGGACCUGUUUGAUCAGGCUGCCUACCAAAUCCAGGGCAACCUGACAGCAAAUGCCAGUGGUGUUCCAAGCCUGCCAAACAUCAUCAUAGGAGAAGCCAGCGCGUCCACCAUGUGGGACAACAAUGCUUGGGUUUAUUUCUAUGACAACACCACAGACGGCGAGCCUCCCUUCCUGAUCCAGGAUUUUGUCCACGCCCUGCAGCCCAAUGCCCGAUUCAUCGUCAUGCUCAGGGACCCAGUGGAAAGGCUUUACUCUGACUACCUUUACUUUGGCAUCGCCAACAAGUCUGCAGAGGACUUCCACGAGAAAGUGUCAGAGUCACUGCAGCUGUUCGAGGGGUGCCUGACGGAGUACACAAUGCGCUCCUGUGUGUACAACACAACUGUCAACAAUGCCAUGCCGGUCAGACUGCAGGUUGGCCUGUACGUUGUCUACUUAAUGGACUGGCUGACUGUCUUCAGCAGGGACCAGAUCCUGGUCCUGAGGUUGGAAGACCAUGCCUCUAACAGGAAAUACACCAUGCACAAAGUCUUUGAUUUCCUUCAACUGGAGCCGCUGACCCAUGAGAUAGAGUCCGAGAUCACAAGAAGUCCGGCGUCAAACACCAGGAGGCCAGCUGACAAAAACCUGGGACCCAUGCUGCCCAUGACUAAGGAGAUCCUACGGGAUUUCUACGCACCAUUCAACGAGAAACUGGCCAGAACGCUGCGGAAUGACUCUUUCCUCUGGGACAAUGUAUCCAGUCUCUGAAGACACCGCCAUUUACGCCGCUUAAAACCACUGACACGUCAGCCAGCCUCUUUGUUUCAUCUCUCUCAAGUGCCCAUGAACAUUUUCAAAUUUAAAUUAUUUUUUAAGUUAUAAAAGCAGAGAUGAUUCAAAGAGAGAACAGAGCACAAGAAGAGUGAAUGAGAGAGUGAGUGAGAGAAAUUUCAGUGAGGCUAGCAAAUCCUAAUUCUCAGCCUUUCUCAUCAAACGUCCAAAAUGAAACAAUUAAUUAAAAGAUUUCAAUGC